GUCGGAGGUUUCGUUUUUUUUUUAUAAAAAACAAAUGAGCAGGAGACAUGGAGCAAAUCUGUCGUGUUUGCCUGGGAAGAUCCGAGGGGUUGAUUAACAUCUUUGAUGCCAGGCGAAAGACCAGAGUUUCAAUCGCCGAGAUGAUCGAGCAAUGUACUGGCUUUAACGUAAGGCGAGGUGAUCGUUUUCCGGAAACCAUUUGCCCGGCUUGUUCGGAGGAUGCCAAGAAGGCAUUUUCUUUAAGACAGACCUGCGAGAGGAGUCACCAGUUCUACUGCCAAGUCCGGGAUGAAGGUAUUGAGGAGGCUCUAUGCACUUUGUUAGAAGAAGAGGAUUGGGAGUUUUCGGAAGAUGAAGACAAGUGGAAUGCACCUGUCACCGAUGAUGAUGAUAUUGAAGGUGAUGACAAUAAGGAGGUCGACACGUUGGCUACAUUUGAAUGUCGAGACUGUUCGAAGAGGUACAAGUCAAAGGGCGCCUGGUUGAGGCACAUGAGAACCCACUUGAAUGGAGAAUCCUUUCCUUGCCAGUUCUGUUCAAAGAACUUUAGAUUUAAGGCUACUCUUAAGGCGCACAUAAGAAGCCAUAACGCAGAAAAGCCCUAUGAGUGUUCCCACUGCUCGAAGUCUUUUGCUCAGCAGUCCACUCUGCAAUCGCACGAAAGGACGCACACUGGCGAACGUCCCUUCAAGUGCUCCCAGUGCGCCAAGACCUUCAUUAAAUCAUCUGAUCUUAAGCGACAUAUUCGCACACAUGGAGGGCAACGACCGUACAAGUGCACCAAGUGCUCGAAAACCUUCACGAGAAAAUUUCAUCUGGAAAACCAUCUUCGUUCCCACACGGGUGAACGACCCUUUCAGUGUUCCCAGUGUUCAAAGACCUUUGCUUUAAAGCAGCAUCUCAAAGAACACGUUCGCAUUCAUUCGGGGGAACGUCCUUUUCAGUGUUCUCAGUGUUCCAAGUCCUUUGGAACCAGGACCACCCUACGAGAACACAAGCUGGUGCACAGUGAGGAGAGGUCCUUUAAGUGCCCCCACUGUUCUAGUUCCUUUAAGCAAAGAAGAACUCUUGGAAGACAUAUCCUCCAGCGUCAUGAAUAAGAAUCAGUUUAAACCGAAGAUGAUAAAUUUUUGUAGAUCAACUUAAUUUUAGUUUUUAAAAUACACAGUUUUGUAUUCGUAAGUAAUAAUAGGA